GCUCUCAGUCUUUAUACCAGCUGAUUGCUUGGCUACAAUGACCUCGACGCGGGACGUUCGUAUUCUGCCAGAUUUCCUCAUUCCAUGGGAAAGGAAGCUCCCUGGUCAGCAGUCGAGCGAAUCAAGAUACCUAAAUGCUGUCUUCAAACAUAACAGAUCAUCCCUGUCAUCCCAUGUUCUUUGGUGGUCCUCUUCCAGUGCGAGCACCUCUGUGCUCUUUAUCUUCAUUCCAGGCAACCCAGGGCUCGUUGACUUUUAUACACCCUUUCUGGAUACCAUUCACGAGAAGUCGGAAGGUCGGCUUCCCAUCCUAGCUCGCGCUCAUAUGGGGCAUACGCCUUUUCUUGAUCACAAUGAAGCAUACAAAGACCGGUCUUCUGUUGGUCUUACUGCACAAGUCGAGAGCAUCAUUGAAUUGAUAGACAGCGCAAAAGUUACGUAUCAAAAGCUUGUAAUGGUGGGACACAGCGUUGGAUCUUGGUUGCUUCUACAGGCUUUGAAGGCUCGUCCGGAAGCAAUUGAUUCUGUGUUCUUACUAUUUCCCACUGUUACACACAUUGCGCGAACUCCAAAUGGUCGCAAUUUAUCGUGGCUGUUUUGUUCACCUCUGCCAAGAGUGAUAUCUCAUCUUUCUGUCGUUGCCGGUAUCCUUCCUUUGCGCGUUGUGUCCUACCUAUACCAACAUUGGCCUCUUCCUCAAGUGCUGGUCCUUCGGAGUCUGUUGCAGUCACCGUCUGCAGUUUAUGCUUCUCUUACAAUGGCUGACGAGGAGAUGAAGACGAUCAAAGAGGCAGAUACCCACCUUCUAAGGACACACAGCGAUCGCAUACACAUUUACUUUGCAGAAGAUGAUGAUUGGGUGGGCGAUCAGAAGGAACUUUUAUUAGGAAUUUUCAGUGAACAUCAGGGCAACGUGAAAAUUGUCCAUGGACAUCGUGAUAUUCCGCAUGCGUUCUGUAUUAGUGAGUGCAUUGCUUAUGGCGCUGUAUGCAGAAGAAAUGACUCUUAUGAAUAGACCACGGUGAACCUCUGGCGGAGCAGUGUUCUGCUUGGUUAAAGGAGGCUCAGUUAUUUUGAUUCUUUCUUGCCUCGUUAUUCUAUCAUUUACGUAUACUUCGAUAUUGUACUCCUGCAUGAUCAUUCUAUAAUCACUCUUUACUCUACGAUGCACACUGACCGCCUUUCGAGUUUCAUGCGCUUUUUUGACUGUACAUAACUUCAAUGACCCUUUUUAACGUGGCGCCCAGUGCAAGUAGGCGCUCAACUGC